AGUUUGCCUUCUAUCAUUUUUUAAAUGUCUCUUAGAAUUAUCUCAUCCUUCUCCUAACCCCUCCCCCCAAAACCUGGUGCUCUGCCUCUUUAUCUUUUCCUCACUCACAAAUUCAGUACUUCACACAGUACUUCACGCAGGCAUUCUGUAGAGAUCUGUUGCCACGGUGUUGAUGAGUUAUUUCUGAUAGGUCACCAUUUUCUAACACAAUAGGAAUUCCAUAAUGGAGAUACACUGAGAUUCCAUCCUAUUCACUCAAAGACUUUAGAAGAAUACUCCCAGCAACAGGCUAAAGCUAAAACAAGAAUUGAUCAGAUAUAGCUAAGUAUUUUUCAGUCGACAAUCCACCACUGAUGCUACUCAACAAGGCCUGCUGAUUUUGUGGGCUAGGACUAUUGUGACAUCACACUGUAGCUAAAAUCAGUCCAACAAAGCAGCAGGAGUUUCAAGAACAGCUGCACAAAAAUGAUGUCUUAACUGAAUAGGCAAAGAAGGCAUAUAUUUUCAAGAAAGCCUCUUUAUUCUUGAAGUAGAAGUUGCCCUUCAAGAUGACAAGUGGUGCAAACUCUUCAGGAUCUUUUGUGCCCUGGAAAAGAAGCUCUAAAAUAGAUGACAACUACUUGAAGGAACUGAAUGAGGACUUAAAGAUAAGGAAGCAGGAACUCCUAGAGAUGCUAAAACCUCUAGAAGAUAAGAACAGCCUCUUAUUCCAGAAGUUAAUGUCUAACCUGGAGGAAAAGCAAAAAAGUCUGCAGAUCAUGAGGCAGAUCAUGGCAGGGAAGGAGUGUGAUGAAUCCUCAGUUGUAGAGCUCAUUAAGGAAGCAGAGGAGAUGAAACACAACCUGGAAAGGAAAAACAAGAUGUUUUGGAAGGAAAUGGAGAUGCUAUGGAACAAGACAUUGGAGACAGAAGAACUUGAUGAUCAACAAAAAGCACCACAGAUAAAAACCAAGGCAGACUUGCAGGAUGGAAAGGAAAAGAAACAGAGGAAAAUGGAAUGGGUCAAGUAUCAGGAACAAGCCAACAGCCUUCAGAAUGACUUUCACGGAAAAGUGAUUGAAUUGAGAAUUGACGCCUUGAAGAACUAUCAGAAGGCCAAUGACCUGAAAUUAUCACUGUACUUACAGCAGAGUUUUGAGCCAAAGCAAGCAUUUUAAAAUCUUCCACAAUCCCAAAGUACUAUGGACACAACUAUGAGCAAAACAACUUUCGACAGAAAUAAACCCAAUGUGAGAAUCCUAGGAUCAAAAGCCUGCACAGAACAACAAGGAGCUAAAGAAAGUCAGUGUGAUGAUGUAGGAGGGAGGCUCUUUUUUCUGAGGUCACUGCCAGAUGAAACUCAGAAGGAUUAGAAAGCUUUCACUCCAUUUGCUUUGGACAGGUUUAAAGACUAGGCACAGCCGUUUGUGUUAAUUAAAG